CCUUUUUCAGUGUAGUGAAUGGCCAAUGGGAGUUGGCUUGUGGAGCAAACACUGAACCCUGCGUUCCCAUUCAUUCAGUGCAAAGCAGGCCCGCAGAGCUGGAGGAGGGAGCGCACCGCAGUCUGGCUCCAACAGUCCCUGCUUUUUCCUCGGGUUUUGUUCCGUGCGCCAGAGCGCAGUAAGAUUCCCCGCAGCUCCUCCAGCGCAGCUCCCUGGAUCUAAAAAAAACCUGCACGUGUUUGAUUCUCCCGACUUUUUCUUCCUUUUUCCGCGACAUUUUCAAGCGGUUUUUGUAAAUUAUUACCAUUUUGACACCAACUUUUGCACGGGACUUCCAGAAAGUCGGGCCGCGGAUCGCGGAUCGGCCUCCCCGAGUGCGCAGCAGCUUUCCCCGGGUCCACUCCGCUACUGCUCCCCGCUCCUUCAUCAGAAGCUCCACCGUGGAUUUAUCUGUCGGGACAAAUGCACGCGUCCACCGAGAGAGACUUUUCUUCCCAGCAGAGCAAAACAAGGGAAUAACGUAAAAAGGGAUACAUAAACGCGCACCUUGGAUUAAAAGGCUGAAUGUUAUGCGUUAGAUCUCAAAGUUUUUGGACAUUGCACCCUUUCCUCUUCUGGUGGAGUUCUGGUACAUUCUCUGGUUGAUGGAUUAUGGAUGUUUGCAUAUAGGUUUUCCGAUGCAUGUCCAUGGUGAAUGUCGGAAGUGGUGAUCCCCCCAGAUGGAGCUCCAAAGUCAACAUGGCCCUGGCGGUUCAUUAGUGGUGAUCCAGCAGCCUUCCCUGGAGAGCCGGCAGAGGUCGGAUUACGAGCGGGAGCUCCAGCAUGCUGCCAUUCUCUCCCUGGAACAAAUCAAGGCCAUCCGCUCCAGCAACGAGUACACGGAGGGGCCCUCGGUGGCGCGGAGGCCCCCCGCGCCCCGCAUGGCCCCCAGGCCCCAGGACAAGCAGGAGAGGACUCACGAGGUCAUCCUCGUCAAUGUGAACAACAACUAUGAGCGCCGGCCGCCGGGCCUGCAGCACCACCACGUCGGGGUGGUGGCCGGAUCCGGCGGACCCCGGGCGCCGGGGCUCAGCCGCUCCACCAGCACGGGCAGCGCCGCCAGCUCGGGGAGCAACAGCAGCGCCUCCUCCGAGCAGGGGCUGCUGGCGCGCUCGCCCCCCACCCGGCCCGUCGGCGUGAGCCUAGCGAACCAGCACCGGCCUGUCCGGACUCAGCCCAAGCCCAAGGCCCUGCUCCCGCAGCCCCAGCAGGGACUACACUUCCACCAGCCGCCCCUGGAGGCGCCGCUCAAGCCCCACCACGGCAAAGGGAAAUCAGACUUCUCCACAGGCUCCGGCCUGGACGCGGCGGCCGCGGCCGGCCACCAGUUCAUCUGCGAACGCUGCGGCAAGUGCAAGUGCGGCGAGUGCACGGCUCCCCGGAGCCUGCCCUCGUGCCUGGCGUGCAACGGCCAGUGCCUGUGCUCGGCGGAGAGCGCGCUGGAGCACGGCACGUGCAUGUGCCUGGUCAAGGGCAUCUUCUACCACUGCUCCAAUGACGAUGAGGGGGACUCGAGCGCGGACCACCCCUGCUCGCUGUCGCGGUCCCACUGCUGCUCUCGCUUCCUGUGCAUGGGAUUAAUGUCGGUACUCUUCCCCUGCCUGCUCUGCUACCCGCCCGUCAAGGGCUGUCUGAAGGCAUGCACGGCUUGCCACGACAGGGUUAACAGGCCCGGCUGUCGCUGCAAGAACUCCAACACUGUCUAUUGUAAACUGGAGAGCUGGGCCUCGCAGGCCCAGGAGAAACCUUCCUGAGGGGUUUCUCCCCAGGGCGUGUGGCGCGUGCACAGGAGAACGGCUUAUGUGACCUGGAUCAUAUGGGGACAAUGACAAAAAGAUGAUGAUGAUAGUCACAAAUAAAUGUUUAUCAAACAUUCUAAGCACCUCCCACCCAAACCCAAACCCCCCUCCUGAAAACCUACAGAGCUAAGCAAAAGGAGGAACGAAAACCACUCUAUUGUUUUUUAUUUUUUUAUUUCCCUGGAUCAGGACCAUGGCAUUUGCAGACCAGUGUUUGCCUUAAUUGCUUCCUUGUCUGUCCUCAGCUCCUCAUUAAUAUAUAUAUGCAUAUAUAUAUAUAUGUAUAUAUGUAUAUAUAUAUAUAUAUAUGAGACCAUUUUCUUCCGUUUUAGCUAGGCAGUCUCCUCUGGGUCUGUGUGCUCCUGGUGGGAGCUGCCUCUCACCAAAUCUGUGAAGGACGAUCUACUAAAGGGCAAUUAUGUAGCUGUUACCUGGUAUUCAUAGCAAGCAGGUUUGUUUGAAUUUAUUGGUUGCUGCCACACUAAAAACCGUGGUAUCCUAUGAUCAUGUUGCAUUAACGAAAGCACAUCCAUCUCAUAGUAUUUUCUCCACUCGGAUAUGUUUCUCUCUCCACCCUCUGAAUUAUUCACACACAGUCUGUGUCAUUCAUUCUCCCAUUCUUUUGGUUUUGUUUUUCCUUUGUUUUUGUUUUUUUUUUUUGUGUAAAUUGUAUGCUCAAAACCCCAUAAGAGGAAUUCUGGCUAUUUUUUAAAAAGAAAAAAAAAUGUCUGUUUAAACAUUUUUUUUUUCGUUGUAAAAAAAAUAUUUAUUAUGUGAAGCUCUAUUAUUUUAUGAUAUUUAUUGCAAGAGACAGUCUUAAAUUUACUCAUGUCUGAAUAUAACAAUAUCAAAUACUUACUGAAAAAUUAAAGGGUGGCACAAAAAAGAAAACUAUGUUAACUUUAAUGCAGAAAAUAUAUUAAUUAAUGAAAGAACUGGUGCUUGUCUGGUGUCUUGAUUGCUCUGCGGCGUGGCGGUUGUUUGCCCCAGGAAUGAGAGAUUAAGGUCUGUUUUCUUGACUCUGAGCAGCAAAUCACUCUGUUUCAUGCAUGUGUGUGUGUGUGUGUGUGUGUGUGUUAUUGCUGGGUGUGGAAUUCCUAGCAAAAAAAAAGAGAGCAGAAACAGCUUGUAGAUCAAAAUGUGACUGUUUACAUUCUUUUAAGGGUUUCUUUGCUGCGAUUCUCCUCAGAAAGCCUGAAAGCUAAACAACCCCGGUCAUUGACAUGAUGAGCCCCGGAGCUGCUAGCAGCGUUUCCAUGAGUUAUGCUCAUAGGAAGCAGCUCUGCGUCCCGCCCCCCCCCCCCUUGCUCCACGCACCAGCCACGAAGUCACCACAAAACUAUGCACCGCACUUUUUCUUUUUCAAAUUCCCCGAGCUUUCAAGCACAGCGAGAGAUCAGGAUGUUCCCAAUCUCCCAAAUGGUCUCCCAAACUUGCUAGCAGGCCCCCAGAGGUUGGCGCCUCGGCAAACGACGCCGGGCCAUUACGAGGAGCCACCUGUUCAAAGAUAAUAAACCGAGGCUAUCAAUGCUCCGACUUUUUACGGCAUGGUUCCUGCACUAAAGGUGAUGACAGGGGCCGAGCAACAACCCCCCAUUUCCUCCAUUUGGCUGCUUCUUUUUGUUAGCAAAUUUAUCACUUUGGAAGUCCAAUGACCCCCAGAGCAACCGAUGACACCCACGCUCUUCCCCAUAGUUGGAGAAAUAACAGGAAUAAUCGUUCAGUUGCGGCUACAAGUAGGGCUGGGGAUCGAUUCAAAUGUCAAGAAUCGAUUCGAUUCCGAUUCAGAAUCGAUUAUCAAGAUUUGAUUCGAUCCGAUUCCGAUAUUGAUUUGGGUUAGUGUUAUUAAAACUGUUUUUUGAGCUGUUGCAUGAAUUAUAUGACUGUAGUUAUGCAAAAUAUUACUACUAGUAUUAUAUUGAGAUUAAACAGCAAGUAUUGCAGCUAAUGAUGCUGUAAGGACCAAUCAGCUCCCAGAAUGCUGAUAGAACUGCUUUCAGAAACAUCAUGUGGGUCAGAAUUACCAAACAGAUCCAGGGAGGAAACAGAGGACGAAAGAAAUCGCUUUUAUUUUUUCCCACAUUCCAAUUUUUUUGUUCCAUUUUCGGUCUAUU